UUAUAAAUACACAGCAUUUAGCCAAAUCCUUUGACCAUUAACUUUUCUUCACCCUUUUUGCUAAUCUCAAGUGGAGCUUUGAACUAGAUGGACUCCCCAGUCCAAAUCUUCCAUCCAAAGCAUUAUUAUUUCUUCUUCUAUUUCCCAUAUUUGCAGGAAUUCUUUGAUGCAUUCCAUUAGCAUUUUGUUCUUAAUAGCUAGCGUACCCAUCAUUCUUGGUUUUGGAGGGCAUCACUUCGCUCCUUUGAAGGGCUGUGCUCGUAUUUAGCUUAGGGAUCUCAGGAAAUAGCAAUGGCUAAUCAGAAUGAAAACUUAGAAGUGACGAAGGAAAAGGGAAAAUAUCUUGCGUUGGUCAUAUGCUGGCUUUUAGGAAAUGGAACUCUUUUUUGCUGGAACAGUAUGCUAACAAUUCAAGAUUACUAUGCUUACCUCUUUCCGAAGUAUCACCCUACAAGAGUUCUCACAAUUGUGUAUCAACCAUUUGCACUUAUAACAACUGCCAUACUUACAUACCAUGAAGCAAAAGUUAACACUAGGCUGCGCAACUUAACUGGUUAUAUCUUGUUUUUCCUAUGCUCGCUUUGCCUUAUUGUGUUGGACGUUGCUACAUCUGGAAAAGGAGGGAUCAGAGUUUAUAUUGGUAUAUGCGUUAUCAGUGCAGCGUUUGGUCUCUCUGAUGCUUUGGUCGAGGGGGGAAUUGUGGGUGACUUGUCCAUGAUGUCCCCAGAAUUCCUUCAGUCAUUCUUGGCUGGGAUAGCAGCCUCUGGAGCUUUAACUUCUGCGUUGAGGCUAAUCACAAAGGCUGCUUUUGAGAACUCGCAGAACGGUCUCCGCAAGGGUGCUAUAAUGUUCUUUGCGAUUUCAACAAUUUUUGAGCUACUGUGCGUUCUGGUCUAUGCAUUCGUCUUCCCUAAAUUGUCGAUUGUCAAGUAUUUCCAUUCAAAAGCAGCUACAGAAGGAUCACUUACUGUUGCCGCUGAUCUUGCUGUCGCUGGAGUCCAAACAUCUAAUGAUCAAGGGGCAGCAAAGGAUCCAGAAAUUCUAGAGAGAUUGAGCACUAAACAACUCUUAGUCCGUAACUUGGACUAUGCAAUUGAUAUGGCCCUGAUAUAUGUCUUGACAUUAUCAAUUUUCCCAGGGUUCUUGUCUGAGGAUACCGGAUCCCACAGCCUGGGUUCAUGGUAUGCGCUGCUUUUGAUUGCAAUGUUCAACGUUUGUGACCUUGUUGGGAGAUACGUUCCUCUUAUUGAAUCCAUCAAAUUAACCUCGAGAAUAGGACUUAUGUCUGCAAUCCUUUCGCGUUUCUUGUUCAUUCCGGCAUUUUACUUCACGGCGAAGUAUGGCGAUCAAGGUUGGAUGAUUAUGUUGACAUCGCUCCUGGGACUAACCAAUGGUUAUCUUGCUGUUUGUGUUGUCACUGAAGCACCCAAAGGAUAUAAGGGACCAGAGCAAAAUGCCUUGGGGAAUCUACUUGUACUCUUUCUUAUAGCCGGUGUAACGUUAGGGGUUUCACUGGAUUGGCUAUGGCUCAUAGGCAAAGGCUGGUGAUUGAUGAAAAUGCACAACUAGUUGCAUAGAUGCCGAUUGUGUCUAAACAAAGAAGGGAUUUUAAGUUUAGAAAAAAAGGAUUUUAUUAAGUCUCAAGGAUCUUAAAAAAAAAUAAAGGAUUUGAUCAUGUACUGUGUAUGUUUAGGGUGUCAUUCAUUGCAAUGUGGCGUUAUGGAGAGUUUAAUAUCCGAAUAGCUUAUGUAUACUUGAUUUAUUGUUGUCUUAUAAAUAAUAAUCUUGAUAGUUUUUGUUCA